CUCGAACUCCGAAUGACGGACCUUGCGCACCUCGAAGGAGCCCGCGUUAUGCUGGGAUAUGUUGCAUCGUUCCUCUUUGCCAUCGUAAUGCAAGCUGUAUCCAAGUUCAGCGCGAUGAACCGACACAAGAAGGACAAGGCGGACGAGAAAUCCAAAGAACGAUUCAACCGAUACACGAGCGACACAAUGCUGGCCGGAGAUCGCUCUGUGGGGAAUUUUGUCGAGUGGCAAGGCGCAUUUCUCGUGCUCUUUUGGACCAACAUCGUUGUGGCGGGAGCAAAGGAAGUCUGGCUUGGCUGGGUCUACGUCGGCAUCCGCUUCUUGUACCCCGUCUUGGCAUAUUUGGGCGGCGUCAAGCAAGGCGGUGCUCAACCUCUCAUCUUGUUGGCCACGGUUCCAGGAUACUACGUUCUUCUUCGCUACAUGUAUUUGAUUUAUAUGGCAGUCUACUAAAUGCAAUUUCGAUCAUAUUGGCUGUUAUAUACUCAAAACGGCUCGUUUUCCA